CUCAAUAAAACCUGCCACCCAGCAGUCUAGGAGGAUAGGAGAAAGAAAGUUAAGCAGCCAUAGGAUAUGGCUCUGGGAGUUCCAGUGUCAGUCUAUCUUUUCUUCAAUGCACUGACCGCCCUGACCACUGAGGCCGACUGGACCAGGACAUCCCCAGGCACAGCCCCCCAAAGCAACAGGACAGCUAACAAGACCCAAGUUGAUUCUGUGGAAGGACCCAUUGCCCUGAGGUUCUCACACCCCUGCCUGGAAGACCACAGCAGCUACUGCAUCAAUGGCAUGUGUGCCUUCCACCAUGAGCUGGACCAGGCCAUCUGCAGGUGUUACACUGGUUAUACUGGGGAAAGGUGUGAGCACCUGACCUUAACUUCAUAUGCUGUGGAUUCUUAUGAAAAAUACAUUGCAGUUGGGAUUGGCGUUGGACUACUACUAAGUGGUUUUCUUGCUGUUUUUUACUGCUACAUAAGAAAGAGGUGUCUGAACCUGAAAUCUCCCUACAACAUGUGUUCUGGAGGAAAAGAACCACUGUGAGGCCUUUGGAAGACAUCGUCAUUGAGUCUUUUGUGAAAACCUAUGGGCCUCAAAUUGAAAUCAAAUGAAAAAAUGCCAAACCUACUAGACUUGAAAAUGAUGGAAGCUGGGAUCCUAGUGAUGUGAUCGGAUAAAAUUCAACACUCAUUUCCAGACUUUGCCACCCUUGGGUGCCGUGGAGCCAAGUGCACAAACUCUAAGGGCAGAAUUCAAGUGCCUGCUCCCUCUGUGGGUAUGUGGUGCGGCUAUUGUUCUCACUGCAGAAGAACUGUCCAUGCUUCUGACCAUGUCAGAGGUGACUCUUCCUGGUAAUAACUCAGCCUCACAGCAGACCAAAGCAGUGCCAAGCAUGAGCUGUUCGUGUGCUUGCUACUCACCAUUGUGGAUCAUUUCUGUAGACCAGCUUUGUGUCUGUGCUCUCCCAGGACCUAAUCCCAAGCUUUCUGCUUUCAUGGUACUGAAAUGAUUCAGUGUCAACUUUUAGGAUGAGAUCAGUGUUACAGUACCUCCAGCGAAUUGAGUAUGGGUCUUGAGCCACUGAAAAGAAACUGAAAUGCCCAAGGGAAGCACAAACCACUCCCAGCUUGUGACCACACCAUGCAGCCUUUAUCUUGGAAAUAUGGAAUAAGCUAAAGAGAUUCUGGGGCCUGAAAGCUAUCCAGAUGUCAAGUCCAGAGCAAGCAGAGCACUUGUGUUUCUGUAUAGAUCAUGGAGCUUUCUGUUCGGCCCGUUUCUCCCAUAAUGCUUUGCCACUUCCUCUUGAACAGUUUCCUCCACAGCGAUGGUGGAAUUACCAGGUAGCUGUCCGUUUGGACUGAAGUCCUGGACUAUCCUAAUGAUGAAAAAUCUACAAUUGUCAUGAAACAGAAACUGAAGAACUAGAUAAAGGAACUUUUUCACCAGUUAACAACAUGUGGAAACGUCUGUAUUUCUGAACCCUUGUAACAGAUUUGGACAGAGGAAAAAUGAAGCAGUGGUAGAAGAAACUACGGGGAAUCAAAUUCCUUCCUUUUUAAUUCUAUUUCUGAGGGGCAGGGAUGUAGCUCAGUGACACUGCACCUGCCUGGCAAGCGUAAGGUCCUGAGUUUGAUUACCAGUACCAAACCAAACAAACAAGCAAACAAAAAAACAAGAAUCAAUUCUAUUUCUGCCAUAUAAUUCAAAUAGUCUGUGCAAGUUCCUUAAUUUCUUUGGGCUUUGGAUUUAUUUUCUAUAAAACCCUUGUACCUCUAAACUUUGAUAGUGGGAGAAGCAAACAAUGAUGUGUGUGCCUCAGGUGAGAUUAUUCCCCAUACUUCCAUGUCCAGCGUCACUUCCAGCCCCAAAGCACACCACUGACUAUCAAUCUUAGGUGUAGAUUUUAGUGUUCCCUUUGUAAAAUAGUAAUUUAUUUUAAAUGAAAUGAAAGAAAUUUAACAGCUACCAUUUUUCUUAUUGGAGUCAAUCUAAAACGACAGACUCUUUUUUUUCUUCUUUACUUUUUUUUUUUUUUUUUCCAAUUUGAUGCACUUUUGAUGAUGGCUUGGUUAAAGAGGGCCAGACUUGAAUGUUCUUAUAUCCAUAGUCUGGUAACAAGCCUUUCAUUUCCAUGAACUUUAGGUUUUCCUCAGCCCUUUGAAAGGUGUACAUUCUACUUUCCUUUCCUUGUUUCUCCUUCAAAAAGAAUUUAAUGCAGAUGAGUGGUUUGUCAGCACUUUCUGGUGCCCUCCACCUUCUGUAAAGGUUACAUCAGGAGGGUGGGGAGGGAACGUUCCUUCCAGUGACUCCUGCAGCCACACCUAGAAAGCUAUGCACUUCCUGGACAUUGCAAAAAGAUGUAAAAGAACCUGGGAGAGUCGGGGAGAAACUGUAAAGGCCUGCUUUUAAUUAACUAAUGAGGGAGAGAAGAAUUAAUGAUGGAGUCUGCAAAGGAUACACACAGCCAGUCCUGAAUACUUGGUGUCAGUGUUUGCCAAUUUUAAACACAAUAAAUUGAAAUUAGAACAUUUGACAAAGAAUUAAAAUUCCCAGGUUUCUAAAUCAAAAUGUUAACCAAAACAAUAUAAUACUCAAUUUUGUGUACCUAUGGAAUGUUCAUUAACAGUAUGAAAUCGACUCAGGGAGACUGUCCAGACACAGAGUACAGCUCAUGAAAGCCAUUGGUGUAUGGCCUGUCACAGGAAAUCAUCCUGUGACCCCAAGAUUGAAUCAUCUUUAAUGCCCAGGGUUAAGUUUGCAGGAGGAAUCUGGCGCAUUGCAGUGGAGCCGGGCCACAUCUGGCAGUGCUUGUGUAUGUAUGCGGGACUUGAUGAGAAAAUGUUUCACUACAAGAUGGGCUGCACAUGGUUUCAUUUUCUAUUUUUUUCCGAUAUGCAAUAUGACCCUGAAAAGAGCCAACUAGUUAGUCCUUGCAUCAGAACUGCACUUUCAGCUAUCAAUCAAGGGUGAUUAAGUUGAGUGGAUCAUGUAACAAUGAAAUGAUGACAUAUUUCUGGCAUCUUUGACUAAAUCAAACUACCCAAGGAAUCCAUCAACUUCUUUCACUCCCCUUUUUGUCUCCUCCCCAUGUCUAUCCCUUAAUUUGCUGAGAGCACAUUCUUAUGCCAGCAGUAUUCACCGGUGAAUCACUGGUUAGCACUUUGGAGCAUGAUGGGGUGGGGGCGAACACCAUUGUCUCUGCCAUAACUGAGCCAGUGAAUGUACAUAAAAGGAGUUAUAACUGCU